UGCACUCUUUCUCUUUAUCUCUUUUCUUUUUGUGAUCUGAGGCUGAUUGAUUUGAUAGAAAAGAUGGCGGGGACGAGAAUCACCAAUCUUCAGAGCGUAGGGAAUCAGCCGCCUCUGAUUCUCCCCCACCAGGUGACCGGAGCGGCACCAGGAACGGUCCAGAUGCGUAUCAAGACCUCUCAGAUCAGCGGGGAUCGCCUGAGUCAAACCAAGUCCAUGGUCCUGCAGGACCCUGACUUGCCUCCCAGACCUAUCUCUCGCCACCGGAGGAACCAGUCUCAGCAUAACGUUGGUGGAGCCGUAGAUACUCCUAUUGUUUUGAAUGGUGAAUAUUUGAAUAAAGCCAAAAUAUACGAAGGAGGCAAAAAACUGAGGAAGAAUUGGACUUCAACUUGGGUAGUCCUGGACACGGAUAAACUUCUGUUUUAUAAAGACAGCAAGCAAGAAGCCCUGACAAAUUUGAAACCUGGAUGCAGUCCUGACGGGAUGGAUCUCUGUGGGGCUGUGGCUGAAUGGACAACGGAGAAGUCCAGCCGGAAGAACGUGCUUCAG